AAUUCAUGAAAAGAAAAACGCAAUAACCAUUAACUACCCUUAUCUCGCCGCAUAAGUGUACCCGCCCUGCGCCAAAUGAAAAAUUGAAAACUCUUGAAUUGCUCUAAACCAUUCCUUUUUGCCAUUCUAGCCACCGCCACAAAAAGAGAGCGACAAAAUUCACCUAUCUCUGCCAGAAUUCAAAGCAGGUCUUUGCAUAACGGAAUCACCAGCUGUCGCCAUUGUUGAAAAGGAAGCAUUGCUGUUGUCGCCACCGCCGAAGGAGAUCCGCCGCUCCUUUUUGCUUGGUUCAACAAAAUCCCAGAACUGAAUUCAACAACUUAACUAUUGUUAGACACGACAAGAUGCGAGUUCAGAGACUUUCAGGAAUGCAGAAGCAAGUACUCAGCUUAUAUAGAGGAUUUCUUCGUGUCGCCCGAUCCAAAUCUGAUAAAGAACGACACAAGAUAGAGUCGAUAAUAUCAGAAGAGUUCCGCCGAAAUUCCACGGAAGUAGACCGGAAGAAUUUUCAAUACAUUGAGUACUUACUCCGUCGUGGCAAGAAACAGCUUGAUCAGCUUAGGAGCCCUGGCACCACUGGGUUAACUUCAUUAGAAGUUGAUUUGUCUAGAACCAACAAGACUAACUCUUAAAGUAAGGAUUAGAAUGCAUGUCAUUUGUUAUUACCAAAUAAAUAUAUUUGUAAUCAUGUUUUAACAUCAUAUACUAAUUUUAACAAAAUAUUUAAUUGUAAUUUCAUGCUAUAGAUUUGCACAUAUUGAUUACCAAAAUAUUUAAUGGUAAUUUCAUGCUAUAAAUUGUUUGCACAUUAGACACUUUCCCAAACUUUAAAGACCCAUGCAAAUGCUUAGCUUUAAGCUAGAC